AUGGCAUCGUCGUCUGUGGUGUCGGGAGACUUUGGGGGCGGAGACGAUAACUUAUCAGGAGAAAUUUGUUUUGUUGGUCCAGACAGCUUCUCCAACUGGGCUGCAAAAUUAGACACAUUGAGAGACUGCAGAUCCUUCAAUUUUGGCUUUGGUGGCGAUUGCGGCUUUGAGGGCGGAUUAAGUGGUAUUCUCUUGGGCUUUGGGAUCUUCGGUCUGGGCUUGGUCACCUUUGGUGGUGGGAUCUUUUUCAAAGUAGAGGCUUUGGACUCCAGAUCGACAGACUUCUCGGACUUCUCAGACUCAUCCGGUUUACUAUUCUCUGGCUCAGCAGUAGGUUUUUCAUCCACAGUCUCCUUUUUAUCAUCUCCACCGGUUUUUUCCACAGGCUUGGCCCGUUUGUCUGCCUCGGCAGCUACAAGCUUCACAAGAUCUGCCUUACGAGCGCCGCGAGGAAUUGCGACGUCCAUUUUGUGGAGGAUCUCCUUCAGAUCAACCACACGCAGCAAGCUCGGAUCAAAAUCUGGUGUUAGUCUGGCAAUUGCAUGCACUUACCUGCUCCAAACUCCAUACUCGUCAAACAAGCGUAAACAAAGAUAA